AUGCCGAGAUCGUGCUAUAGCCGCUCGGGGGCCCUGCUGCUGGUCUUGAUGCUUCAGGCCUCCAUGGAAGUGCGUGGCUGGUGUCUGGAGAGCAGCCAGUGUCAGGACCUCACCACGGAAAGCAACCUGCUGGAGUGCAUCCGGGCCUGCGAGCCCGAUCUCUCGGCGGAGACGCCCGUGUUCCCCGGCAACGGCGACGAGCAGCCGCUGACCGAGAACCCCCGGAAGUACGUCAUGGGCCACUUCCGCUGGGACCGGUUCGGCCGCCGGAACGGCAGCAGCGGCGGCGGCGCGGGGCAGAAGCGCGAGGAGGAGGUCGCGGCGGGCGAGGUUGGCGUGGUGCUGCCCGCCGGCGGCCCGGAGUUCCGCGACGAUGGCGCCGAGCCGGGCCCGCGCGAGGGCAAGCGCUCCUACUCCAUGGAGCACUUCCGCUGGGGCAAGCCGGUGGGCAAGAAGCGGCGCCCAGUGAAGGUGUACCCCAACGGCGCGGAGGACGAGUCGGCCGAGUCCUUCCCGCUCGAGUUCAAGAGGGAGCUGGCCGGCCGGCAGCCCGAGGCAGCCCUCGCCGACCUGGACUACGGCCUGGUGCCCGCAGCCGAGGCGGCGGCGGCCGACAAGAAGGACGACGGGCCCUAUCGCAUGGAGCACUUCCGCUGGGGCAGCCCGCCCAAGGACAAGCGCUAUGGCGGCUUCAUGACCUCGGAGAAGAGCCAGACGCCCCUGGUGACGCUGUUCAAGAACGCCAUCAUCAAGAACGCCCACAAGAAGGGCCAGUGAGGGCGCAGCGGGGCCCAGGAGGGAAGCCCACCCUGAGGCCCCCUGGGCUCGCCUGCCCUCCUGCCACUUCGCAGCCUGGGCGAGCUUCUCCCCGGGCGGUGGCGAUGGCAGGCAUUCAGCCCCUUAAAGAUGUCUGUAGUUAGGAAAUAAAGCCUUUCAAAUUUCA